UAGAAUGUUUAUAUACCCUCAGCAGCGAACGGUAUUUGUUUGUUUUAUGCUCCUAGACUAAAACGGUGUAAAGGGGAAAAUGGGCUUUUCUUGGAAAGCAGUAGGGCUCUUUCUCGUUGCAUUUGUAAUGGUGGCGAAUGCCACUCUUGUUGGUGGGCCGAUAGAUGCGAAUUUGAAUGACCCGGGGGUGAAAGAUGCCCUUCAGAUGGCUGUCUCGGAGCACAACAAGCGGAGCAACGACGCCUAUCUCAGAGAAGUGUCAAGCGUAAUCAAGGUCCAGAAACAGGUUGUCAGUGGCAUUAAGUACAUUUUCAGAGUGAACAUGGGCCGAACCGCUUGCAGGAAAGACGGUGCUGAGUCGUCAUGUGCAGUACAUACUGACGCAGACCAGGCAAAGGCCUACGUUUGCACUUUUGAGGUGUGGAGCCAGCCCUGGAUAGGAAGCAUCAAGCUGCUGAAGGAGGACUGCAAGUGAUGAGCUGAGUGCUCCCUGGAUCUGCUACCCCUCAGCUAACCCUCUGUACCUGCAGUUAACAUCUGCUAUUUUUAGUAUUUUAUCCUUGCACUUAGCUUAUUUUUUUCUAGCAUGAUGAUGUGUGUUGGAUUUUUUUAGGCAGGUUUCCUUUUUAGGGAUUAAAAAUGUAAUACAUAUUUACCAUGUAACAAUGUAACAGUCAUAGGACUAAUUGACGUUUCAAGCUAUGCAAUCGUUACAUUUAAUAAAUGAUUCUUAAAACAUCA